UGCGGCUACAAAUAUAUCGUUGGUGAAUGUGGUGGCACGAUGCAGGAAAGUAAUUGUCCACGAUGUGGACAUCGUAUUGGCGGACUAAAUCAUACAGCCAACCCAGGUAACACGCGUCUUGAUGCUCAAGUAAUUAAUGGAAGCAGAGAGACAAUAGCCCAAUUAGGCUAUGUUUAUGAAUCCAUCGAAAGCAGAAAGUACAUCAAUUAUCGUCUUCGCGAUUUAACACCAGUUUUCUACCGAAUACUGCAUCUUUUUGUGCAUAUACUUAUUGCCUCUGCUUCAGAUGCAGAUCGUCAUGAUUUUUUCAACAACCCACAACAACAGAAUAACGAAAUAAUUCAAGAACCUUUAGUUUAUUGUCAAAGUCAUAUAGAGAACGAUUGGCAAAUACUGACACGCUUGUUUGAUUGCGACGAUGAAACAUUGGCGUUUGUAUUGCAUUCAAUUUUACAUUCUAUUUCCGAAAAUCCAAACGAAGAAAUAAUAAGACUAGACACAAUUGAAAAACGACGAGCUUGGGAAAAUGAAUUUGCUCAACGCUAUAUAAAUCCAAAAGUUGUUAAUGCUCGCCGCACCGCAACAGAUUUUCAGAAAAUGAUUAAAGAUUCUCAACGUACACUUGAAAGUGAAAUUAAUGAAACUUUGGAUAUUGAUGAAAGAUAUCAACUUGAUUUUCGUCCACGAAUUUGGAGACGGAUUGGCAAAACAAGCUUCGAAAAUUUGCAUGCAUUUUGUGUAGGGUAUCCAAACUUUACUACUGAAUUUCCAUUUCUAUCAUUGUUCUUUGAAUAUCAAGAACAAUUAAUAUUGGUGAAAAAUCUAGUACCAAUUGUAAAAUUCUCAAGGAUUCUUUCAUCAAUGCUGUGCUACCGAUUGAAAAGAAGUGAUGCGCGCAAUCUUACAUUCGAACGAUUUCUUAAAAACAAUGAAUCACCAGAAGAUCUUUAUGAAGCCUUUGAAAAUUUUACCGAAGCAUGGAACUCCGUGAGGGAACAUGUUGUGCAGUUUGAAUCAAAUUUGCAAAAUGAAUUCUUGCAACAAGUAUUAGCUAUUGAGCCUGGUUGUCCCUCGUUGAGAUUUUUAGAAGGACAAUUUAUAAAUAAUGUUAGACGUCAUGUGCCCCAGCAUCAAUAUUACAUAGAAUCAUUAGCUCUUUCUGAAGUACGCCCUAAAAAUAUUAUAAAUUAUGAAUGGAAUUCUAAAUUACUUUCCUAUAGUCAACGUAGUCUUGAACUUGGUCAUGGACAAGAGCUCCAAUAUGAACUACCUAAAAUUGAGGCAGAAUUAGCAUAUUCAUUACUUUUUAAUAAAUUUCAUCUUAACAAAAAUGAUUCACAUUGGUUAGACGUGUUUCCAUACCAUCUAGAAUUAUUUUCAACUUCUCGAACAAUUUUGAGUGAAAUCAGAGAGUUAAUUCCUCAAGAACAAAUUGCGACCACUUAUAAUACAUCAUCUAGACUUACUUUUAGUGGCCUAAAUUCCGUCAAUAUGGUUCCUGUUUUUGAUAAUCCCACUGAACUCUUGUCAGAACUUGAAAUUCUACUUUGUUUUUUGAGACGAAUUUCGGGAAAUCGCGAAAUGGAAAUCGUUGAUUAUCUAAAUAAAUGGAUGAGACUAUCAGCACUGACCGAGAAUUCCCAAUUUCAACAAAUGGUUAGUGGAUUAAGAUUAAAACAUGUGGUAGCAUUAUAUGAACUAGUUGAAGAAAAAAUUGCAGAUAUAGAAAUUGAACAUUUAUCAGAUAAAUAUAAAGCAAGGAUAUCACAAAAUUUAAAGGAUGAAAUUAACGCAGGUGUUGAUUUUGAGCAAUCAUAUGGCAUUGGCAGUAGUGAUAAAAAUAAACUUAAAAUUCCACAAGGAGCUUUUGCAUUAGUAUUGAAGAGGUUCAUGUUUCGCUAUUUGUCAUCAGAAAUGUAUAAUCCUAAUGAGGUACUUGCUGAUUAUUUAGCUGGGGAUACUCUUAUUGAUUGUUGGCCGGUUUGGGUGCCCGAUAAUGUCAUUCGCGAUAAAUUUCCAAAAUCAUUAUUAGCUGCAAAUAUUUACGAUGCAUAUCAAUAUACAAUUCAGAAUGUGAAGAAGGCAGUUUCACAUAAAAUUAAUAGUGGUCGACAGAAAGAAACUUCGUCAAGGACAAUUCCUAGACGUAGAAAUCGCCGUGAUGGAA